AUGCCCUCCAGUCAGGGUGACUACAUCAACAUCACCGAUGGCAAGUCUAGAGGCCUUGAGCGGACGCCAUGGUACUGGCGAUUCAUAGCGAUAGCGGCAUUCUGGAUGGUUUUAGGAGGCUACCUGAUAUUGCCAGGCUUGUAUGCGAACGACGAAAAGCUUUACAAGCUUAGCCAACCGGUGUUGUCGGUCUUUGUCGUCGCGCUUCUAACCGCUGGGUACUCAUUUACUGCGCUGUUGUGCUUCGCGUGUCGCGAUGAUGAAUUUCAGGCGGAGAACGUCUUCGUGCCAGCCCUCGGCUCCUCCAUAUUCGGUCUCGUCGUAAUCAUCUACAAUUUCCUCGCUACCAGAAGUUAUAAGUGGAGUACAGCCGCGAUAAGCGCUACCGUUCUCAGCGGCUUUGCGACCGCUCUUUAUGCCGGGUUGCUUUUCUGGAAACGCCGCAUCAUUGCGAGGAGGCGCAAAUCAGCCUCACAGCGGUCGAACCUUUACUCAGAGCAGUCUUACUACACGAACUACAUCUCGAACAUGUACCCGUCGGCCGUUCUCGCGGAAUCGCAACCGCUACAGCCCCCGGUCAACGAAGACGACCCUGUCAACCAACAGAUGCGAUUGCUGAUGCUGCGAGACGCCCGCCCGAGCCCCGAUGCGAAUAGUUCGACGUUCAGGAUUGACUUACCGGAGGACAGAGAGGAGCAAGAGCGUCACGAGAGAAGUCAGGAGUUGGUAGGCACACCCCAGCAAUCGCAUGUACCGUGGACUCGUGAUCGCGCAAAUAGCAGGCAGGACAGUCUGAGUGAGAAUCAAGCCUGGCAGCAGUGGCAAGAUCGAGGCCGAACACAACACCGUCCUUCGAACAGCGAACUGCGUAGCAAUCACUCGAGAGGGUUGAGCAGAGAAGAGCGCAGGCGAGAGAUCGAGCUUGGCCGGCCUUGA